CCUAUGUUAUACCUUUCAUCCCUGUGGCUUAUUCAUUCCAUAACUGGAAGCCUGUAUCUCCCACUCCCCUUCAUCCAUUUGAUGACACUGUUUUAUAUGUUUCACAAAGUUCUUAAUUCUUCAGUCAUGAUAUUCUACAAAAUAGCUCAGAGAGUUGAAGAAAUGGAAAAGUCAGUGACAGGGGAUACACGAAACUGGACAGAAGUUCAGGAAUUCACUCUGGAGGGCUUUCCUGCUGUCCAGAACCUUGGAAAGCUUCUCUUCCUGGUACAUCUGCUGGCAUACCUGGCCUCCAUCAUGGGAAAUACACUCAUAAUCACCAUUACCUGGACUGACCAUCGCCUCCAGACACCCAUGUACUUCUUCCUCCGCAGUUUCUCCUUUCUUGAAUGCUGUUUUGUAACCACUGUUAUUCCUAAAUUGUUGGCCAUCUUUCUGUCAGGGAGGCAAUCAAUUUCUUUUGUGGCUUGCUUCACACAAGCCUUUGUCUUUCUUUUCCUGGGAACAACUGUUUUCUUCCUUAUGGCGGUAUUAUCCCUAGAUAGGUACCUGGCCAUUUGCAAACCUCUGUAUUACUCAACCAUCAUGAACCCAAGGAUGUGUUUCCUUCUGGUCACUGCCUGCUUAUCUUUGGGAUUUGUCCUCAUGGUGGUUCCAAUUAUGAUGCUUUCCCAGUCAUCCUUCUGUGGCUCCCAUGUUAUCCCUCACUUCUUUUGUGAUUUUGGGCCACUGAUUCAUCUCUCUUGUUCUGACACCAGAUCUACUGAAAUGUUGGCCUUUAUCCUUGCUUUGUUUAUCCUUUUGACAUCCCUUAUCAUAACCAUCAUUGCAUACAGCAACAUAGUAGUCACAGUUGUGCGACUUCCGUCAGCCAAGGAGCGACAGAAAGCUUUCUCCACCUGCUCCUCUCACCUCAUUGUCCUCUCUCUGAUGUAUGGCAGCUGUGUCUUUAUAUACGUGAAACCAAAGCAAACAAACAGGCUGGACUCUAACAGGGAGGCUGCCCUUGUGAACACGGUGGUGACUCCGCUGCUGAACCCUGUCAUCUACACUCUGCGGAACAAGCAGGUCCAUCAGGCUCUGAGGGAUGCUCUGUCCAGGGUUAGAUUGCAGAAAUAGAACCAUAGACUGUCAGAGGGAGAAUGCCUCUUCUCCAUCUAAUGCAAUCUCCAUCCUAUUUCUGGAAUCUCUUACAUAGUCUUGCAACUGUGUUUUUAAAGUUUCUGCUUGUUUAUUCUUAGAAUAAGGGCCAAUUUAUCUUAUAAUCCAAUGUACUCCACUACUUGAAAGCUCUAACAUUCUUGUUCAUAUAGAAAUGAAAUUAUCUUCCUGUUCUGUGAUCUUCUGUUCACGAGUUUUAACUCGAUAGGAUUCAACAAAUUUUAAUGAGGAGUCUCAUAUCCAUGAUUCUGUUUGAUGCAUGUGAAAUCUCAAAGUUGAGAAGGUGUGGUUUCAUGUAUCUACUUGUGGUAAGUACAUAGGGGUGGAAAAUGAAAUUCACAAGAAUUAAGAAUAUCAAGUUGGUUCAAGGAUAGAUGUAACAUGGUCACUAUAUUGAUUUUUGAAGGACACAUGUACAUAACUGUCAUGGUAUUAAUAGCAUUACUUGAAAUGACUCAAUGCAAUUGUUUUCAAUUGUGCAUUGUCUGUAUAUAAAUAGAAUAUAAAUCUUUACAAUUCUAGUUUACGCUAUAAUGAAGACAUAUAAAUGUCUCUAAUUGAAAUUGGAAGUUUCCUUUGGUUAUGCUCAUCUGCUAGUACUGAUUUCAGUACUAAAGGCCCGAUGAUGGAGUACCAGAGAGAGAGAAGCAUUAUGAUUUCUGGAACAAGGAAUUGAGUGGUUAAGAUUGUUUCCCUACUACAGAAAAGGAAUUGGGGGGAAUCUGAUCAAAGGUGGAAACGAGUCUGAUUGUGACUGUAGAGUCUUUCUAAGUAAAUCUAUAAGCAAGUAUCUUUAUUUGUGAAAUGAGAGCUUUGAUGUGAUAAUCUCUGGGUGUCCAUUAUUAGUACGAGUGUGAAAUGACACUACUGAUACCAAACAUGACACAAAGACACACUGUAAUAGAAAUACAAUUUGAGUGUAGAAAAAAGAAAAUGAUGAGAUGUUUUUGUUUGUUUUCAUUUUUUUUAGUGUUAAGUUAACGCAUGACAUCUUUAAU